AUGUUUAUUUUUUAUUUAUUUGCAAUAGCCAAAUUUCAAAGGAUCACACAACCUUAAUUAACAAGAAUAAAUGAGCAUAUAUAAUAUACAGAAUAUAGUCCUAAUGUUGGAUAAACAUUAUUAUUACAAUAUAAUAGGUGAGAAUAGUAUAUAUAUCUAUAAUCUAGUUAUCCUGGAGUUUAUGAAAUGAAGUUGAAUAAAGUAAUAGAUGAUGAGGCUAUUGAAAUGAUGCCUAAUACAACACUUGAUCCAUUUACAUUACCUGAUUGUUAUCCAUAUGCAAGAAGAUUGGUAUAUUAAGAUCUCUUUAUGGAAACAUUUUAAUCAAAUUCUACUAAUGCAUUCUUUACAGCUCUUUAUAUUGAAAAUAAUUAAGUAUUUGCUACUAGAAGUGAUAAUCAUUUAAUUAUUAUGGAAAUUGAUUUUGAUGGUGAUAUUAUUAAAAAUUUCACAUAAGUAAAAAUCAUUAAGAUACCAUCUAUUAAACCAGAUAGUGAUUCACAUUAGAUUGUAUGUAAUUCUAAUAGUUGUAUUAUAUUUACAUUGUAUGAUACAUUUAUGGUGAAUACAGUGAGUGAUGAAUUUAUUCAGUUAAAUUUGAAUAAAAAAUAAACACCAUAACAUAUUCAUUAUUGUUCAAAAUUAUAAACUCUCUAUGCCGCUUAUGGUAGAGAAGGUAUUGAUGUUUAUUUAUUUGAUAAAUAAAAUACAUUCUAAUAUUUAAUAAGUUUAAAUCUUAUUGGAAAUUUUUUGGAAGUAUUAACAAAUGAAGAAAGUACUCAACUUUAUUUGUUAAAUGCUGAUGUUGGAUUAUUAAUUUUUGAAAUAUUUUCAGUCAAUCAAUAUGAAGAUACUGGUAUCAUUAUCUAUUUAAAAAAUAUUGUUUCUUUUGAUUUCUAUUAAAAGACAUUUAUUUUAGUAGCAAAUACUGAUUAAGGUGAUCCCUAUGCUAUUGAAGUAUUUCUAUAAGAUAAUGAUUAUUACUUUAAUAGAAUCUAUUCAAAAGAUAUGGAUAUCUUUGAUGUUUAUAUGGGUGAACAUUAUGCCAUUUUGAUUGGUUAAGAAAUUCAUAGAGUAAUCUAUCAUUCAAUUUAUAAUAAAUAUUUAAAUAAAAUUGAUGUUCCAUUAUAUUUUGAAGAUUUUGAUUUACAAAAUGUAGAAGAAUUUAGAGUUAAGACUUCAAAAUUAUAUAAUUAAAAUGCCUUAGAUUUUGAACCAUUUUAGAAAGCUACAAUUUAUUAUAAAUAAGCAUUUAUGGUUGGUAUAUCUGAUAAUGAAAUCAAUAUCUUUGCUAUUAAGAGUGUUUUCCCUUGGUUGUAAUGUAGACCAUAAUCAACUGAUGUCACAGUAAUUUAAAUUAUAUUUCUUAGCAUUAUGCCUUAAUUAUGAAUUCUACAUAAUGUAGUACCAAAGAAUCUGAUAAUGAUUAUUCUCCAUUUUCAUAAUGUGUCAUUUAUCAUAAUUUUACUAUAACUGGUAAAGAAAUUCUCUUUUUCGAAGAAGAUGAAACUUUAGUAAUUGCUCUUGGUAGUGUUUUAGGGUAUUAAUUCUAAAUUAUAUUUAAUAGUGGUUUAAUAAUAUUGUUAUUGACUGUUUUAUUGAUAUGUAGAAAAAUACUACAUUAAAGAUUGAAGAAUUAUACAAUAAUGAAUGAAGUUCCUGUUAAAGUAGAAGACAUUCCAUUAGAACCAAUGGCUGGUGAAGACGCACUUGUGUCAUGA